CCAAUAUUCGGCGGGGAAGAACUUGGACAAACCGGGCGGGGCCACAAGUCUCCAACAUCGGUUUGCGCAUGCGCCUCGCGGAAGCGGCGUUGUGCGCAUGCGCGAGCCCGGGAGCUCCUCCUCCCUCCCCCCGGCCGCGCAUGCGUCGUUAGGCGGCGGGAGUUUUCUAAGGGGCGGCUCUGGCGCCGCCGGAAGGUAAUGUAGCGGUCCUAGAGCUGGAAGGAGCAGCGGACUUGGUGCAGCGCGUCCAGGGGUAACCUGGUGUCUCGGAGAGAGUGACCUGCGGCCUUGUGUUUCGGAGACGGAGGCUCUGGGUUGGACAGGCGUCUCUCUGAGGUGAAAAAGUCUCAGGCCUGUUCCCGGACGAGGCCUCCCUCACCCCUGCACCAGCCUCUUUGGGGUCAGACAACUCGGCUCAGCCCACACCCUGCCUGCCCGUCGUCACCCCGAAACCGGGGUUCUCACCUCAGGAUGACUUCUAGACCGGAGAUAGUAGGAGUGCUAGGAGAGGAACCAGUGGCAUCUAAGACUCAUGAUCAUCAACUGGAAUCAGAUCCCAACCCUGUGGAAGUGUGUAAUAAAUCGUCCACCUCCCAGAAGAUGACUGAACGUGUUUCAAAGGAACGAAUCCACCUUGGCCGUAGCCCCCAAAAAGGGGAAAGUGGUGAUCUCAACCACCAGGAAGAACUUGAAUCCAGGUCCCUUCAUUUGUCCCCAGAGCAGUCUGCUUGUCAUCAAGACAGGAGGCAGUCCUGGCGGCGAGCAAGUAUGAAGGAAACAAACCGGCGGAAGUCACUGCCUCCCUUUCAUCAGGGCAUCACAGAGCUCUGCAGAUCCAUCAGUGUCGACCUAACAGAAAGCAAACGGCUGAGCUCUCUCCUCCUUUCCAGUUUCCAGUUCUCUGUUCAGAAACUUGAACCUUUCCUGAGGGGAACUGAGGGCUUCAGUCUUGAAAGUUUCAGAGCCAAAGUGUCUUCCCUUUCUGAAGAGUUGAAACAUUUUGCAGACAGAUUGGAAAGUAAUGGAACACUACAAAAAUGUUUUGAAGAUUCAGAAGGAAGAGUAUCAGAUUUGGCUCUGGAAACAUCAGUGGCUGAGAUGAAGGAAUAUAUAACAAAGUUUUCUUUAGAACGUCAGAGUUGGGAUCAGCUCUUGCUGCGCUACCAGGAAGAGGCUGAAGAGAUCCUAUCAAGAGGAUCAGCUGAAACCAAAAAUACUGAAGUUGAAGUGGAACCUAGAAUGUAUGUCGGGUCUUCCCAGAGUGAAGUCCUUAAUACAAAACCCGACUACCAGAAGAUACUGCAGAACCAGACCAAAGUCUUUGAUUGUAUGGAGUUGGUGAUGGACGAACUGCAAGGAUCCGUGAAGCAGCUGCAUGCCUUUAUGGCCGAAAGUACCCAGUGCCUCCGGGAGGUGUCAGUACAGCUCGGGAAGAGAAGCACUCAACAGUUAGAUCCUUCACCAGCUCGAAAACUGCUCAAGCUUCAGUUACAGAAACAACCUAGCAGAUGUUGCUCUAAAUCUUGUCAGUGACCUAAUGCAGCUUUCCUGCCACAAGGUGCUCUAGAGGAGAGAAACCGGAAGAGUGCCCCAGUGCACAGCAGGCGGAGCUGUGACAUCUGCCUUGUUGCCUUUGAAGAUAACUGGCUGACUGUAAAGCACUCUGAUUUUUUUUCUUAAAAUGGAAUUUAUGCAUUUGAAAGAAUGUCAUAUACAAGCUUUUUCCAAGAACGAGCAAAAUGCUUGAGACUUUGCUUUGGAAUGACGUUCAGAACUAGUAGCCCAUUCUUUGAAAUAUCCUUUGUGAUCAGAAAUCUCCCUACUCCGAAGAUGUUUUUGAGGUUUUGAAACAACCUAAAGUCAUUCAGGACCAAAUCCAGUAAGCAUUUUAGAGGUCAUUCUGGUUGUAAACAGAAUGAGACUGAUCUCCUGUGACUUUGAGGGUGAUGUUAGGUAGAGGAGUUGUGAGCAUUGUUUGCAUUGUAUGGAUACAUAUAUCUCCUUACAAGAUUCCCAAAUUGAAGGUAAUAACACUCAUUCUUUAUAUCCUGAUGUCUAUAAUGUGUUUUAGCUUUUUUAGGGGGGCGUGCUACACCAUGUGGCAUGCAAGAUCUUAGUUCCCCAACCAGGGAUCAGGAAGGGGUUAAGUGUUUCUUUUUCAUUGUUCUCCAUAUUUGUUAAUGAUUUGCAUUAUAAGAUUGCAUGUUCUUAAAAGCUUUCACUUAUCCUUGUGUAUGGAAAAAAUGAAAAGGCAGGGAAGGCUUAGCAGAAAAUAGGAUUCUUUGUCAGGACCCAGAAGUGAACAGUAGCGUGAAGUUACACCUCAGUGUUAACAGCCAAUAAAACACCAACUAAUUUA